GAGCCGAAACGAUCUCUCCUUCCCCUUGCUUAUACCACCUUCGUCAGUUAAAUAAAAAAUGGACAGCUUUACCCCUCUUAGGAGUUCCCCCCCACUUGAUCCAUACGUUCCUAUCACAUUCCCUCACCAUGGCCUCGUACGUUCCCAAAAUUGCUUAUCUUCUCCAGGCCGAAACUCACCAUUGGAGGAUCAGCGAGCCCGAUGUCUAUGUGAGUAGCAGUUAUACACAUUCAUCAUUUCGCUGCUCACGUAUCCGUGGUCACUCCCAGUUCGACUUAACCGUUGACGGUGUCCCGGCAGGGCGCAUAGUGUUCAGGCUGUUCGACUCUGUGGUCCCCAGAACAGCACGGAACUUUCGGGAGCUCGCCACAGGACAACACGGUUUUGGUUACCUCCAUACCAUCUUUCAUCGUGUCAGCCCCGAUUUCAUGAUCCAGGGCGGUGAGAUCCCCGCAAGAGGCGACGGUUCAGGCGGCAAGUCGAUUUAUGGUCCUACCUUUGCAGAUGAGAACUUUCGCCUUAAUCACGACCGUCCGGGACUCUUAUCGAUGGCGAAUCGCGGACCCAAUACGAAUUCCUCACAGUUUUUUAUUACAACGACGGCUGCUCCAUGGUGCGACCGCAAGAAUGUUGUGUUCGGGGAAGUGAUCGAAGGCAUGGACCUCGUUCUUCGGAUCCAGGGCUACACUUCAGAUCAUAUCUUGCGACGCCCUUCUGCCGACAUCGUCGUAACCAGAUGUGGCAUUAUUCCUUAAGGUGGCAAAAUAAAGCCAUGGUCCGCCGGUGCCCUCUAGUCGGUGCUUGCAUGUCCCCGCCUCAUGUUAUCUAUUGGUUCUUGCUAUGUGACACUUGACGAUAUGUAUCCGUAGUAAGCUUAUGAUAUCCCUAAUUCACGAGUUACUUAUCGCUUGUAGUUAUCUGCGGCUGGAUUUUCGUAGGAUAGAACAUAUAUUACAUUUUAUUCAUUUC